AUGUUGUCACUCAGGAAAGUUCUCGUGUAUAGCAUCAUUUUCUCAUCCGCUACAUCAUCAACCAUCAUUGGCUAUGAUUCCGGAUACUUGAAUGGCGUGCUUGGUUCCGAAGACUUCAUCAGAAUCUACGGUGUCAAACAUGGCGUCACCGGAGAGCUGUACUUGACUCCAUAUACCCGGAGCAUGUUUUCUGCGCUGUUCGUUGUCGGAGCUCUUAUAGGAUGUCAAUUAGUGGCACCGCUUACUAGUCUGAUUGGCCGACGAGGCAACUUGCUCACAGCAUCUAUUACCUACGCUGUGGGUGUUGCCCUUCAGACCGCUGGACUUGCGUCCACUGUGUUCAUCGUCGGCCGCGUCUUGCUCGGUAUUGCCCUCGGUCUUAUCUCCAUCACGGUCCCCGCGUAUCUCAUGGAAUGCUCUACGUCGACGAAUCGAGGACAAUUGAUGGCAUUCUACACCCAAUUCCUCACCACAGGUAACGUCAUAGCAUGUGGUAUCAGCCUGGGAACUUCCAAGUACACAGAUUCCCGAAGUUGGCGCUCCAUGUGUGCAAAGGUUGAUCCAGAUAUAGGCAUCACAAUUGCAUUUCAGCUGGUGUUGGCACUGGUCGUUUUCGUCGGAGUCUUUUUCUGCCCAGAGUCGCCACUCCUUCUCGCCAAGAAGAACCAGAAAUCCAAAGCGCGCCGGGCUCUCGCCAUUCUCCGCAAUGCAGACAUCAACUCACUAGAGGUCGACGAAGCCAUGGUCGAGAUCGAGAAUUACAUCGCAGACCAGAGCGCAAACGGAAGUGCCAAGUUCAUUGAGUGCGUCCGAGGAACCGACCUGAGAAGAACUCUCAUUGGCGUAGCUAUGUCAUUCUUCACCAUAUCCACUGGCAUCACCUUCUGGUUUGGCUAUGGAACGACCUUCUUUGCGGCCGCGGGUGUGGACGACUCGUACCUGAUAUCUCUUGUUCUCGCCAUCACCAACUGUGUCUUCACGGCACCUUCUAUGUAUCUUAUUGAGCGUUUGGGAAGAAGCAAAUCUUUGAUCGCUGGUGGAGUUCUCAUGGGACUCGCCCAGCUACUCACUGGCGUCAUCCAUAGUGCCGCUCCGGAUAGCAAGGCCGACAAGAUGAUGCUUAUUGUUGGGGCGGUGUUCUUCAUCGCUUCGUAUGCACCAACGUGGGGCAUCGGGGGCUGGUUGCUGAUGGCAGAGCCCCUGUCCGGCCGCGCGAGUAAUUACCAAUCUUCCAUCGUUUUGGUGGCAUAUUGGAUCAUCACAUGGCUCGUUGGAUUUGUGACGCCGUACAUGAUUGACGAGACAGCCGGCGAUCUCGGGGUCAAAGUCUCUUAUAUCUGGUUCGGUAUGACUGUUCUGUCUCUCGUGUGGGCCUAUACUUGUUUGCCGGAGCUCACUGGACUUUCGAGAAUGGAGAUCGAUAAACUCUUUGAUGAGAGAGUGCCUGCAUGGCGAUCACGGACUUGGCAGAAGCAGCUUCGUACCAUUCAAGCAGUCCCUGAGUCUGGUUCAGACAAUGCUGUCAUCAUCGAGGAAAAGAUGCGGCACAAGGAUGAUUCGUCAUCUUAGCUCAAAAUCUCAGUGCAGCUUCCCAGGUUGACUGCCAAAAGAUAGUUACUUGGGGUUCCCAGGGCAGACUCGUUGAAGUGAGGGAUUGGUGAAGGGGCGAAAGAAGCGCAUGUAGCAAGGUCGCCGUAGCAGAUGCCUAGAAGCUUGGGUCUAAUAUCUGAUUCACUUUGUCCUCAGUUGACAAAUGCUCUCCAC